AUGACACAUACAAGAACCUCUCAAACUGAGGUGGUAGGGGAGAUAAAGGAUUUUGAACUAGCUACCGGUUCUGCCACUGUAGAAGUGAGAGGUUUAGAGAACUUGCCGGAAGUUGAGGCAGUUGCAGAGGUAAAAGAUGUGGAAGCGAGAUCAAAAACUUCACACUUAAGACAGAUGAAAAAUUUGGAAAUGGUUGUGGGAUCUGAAACAAGGACACUAACACAAGGCUUGGGAGGGACAUUGGCAUCUGAGGUGGUUAGUGAAAUGAGGCAUUCUGAAGUUACCCCAGAAGAUCCAAACAAAGCAAAGGCAAGGAGUAAAGAAGGAAUACUAGAACCUGUGCAAACAGUGACGGUGCAAACUUUAGAAACAAGUUCAGAAUCUGUAUGGGAACAAAUAGAAGGUCAUUCAGAAGCAGUAUUAGAAUCUUUUCCUAGAGUGGAAGAAAAAACUAUGGCAUCAGAAAUAGUGACAGAAGUGAGAAACUUGAAAGGAACUUUGGAAUCUAAGAUUUUGACAGAUGUGAGAACUCAGGGACCUACUGUAGAAUAUAUAAUUGCAACAAGGAGGACAAGCACAAAAAAAAGUGAGCCCUCGCUUACCAAUGUAGAAGAUUUGGAAGAAGCUUCAGAAACGGAGAAAGCAAUGAAAGCAAAGUAUUUGGAGCCAGCAUCAGAAGCUAGAGAAGUGAGGUUGUUGGAAAGUAUGGAAGAGUCUGCAACAGUAGGGGUGAAAGGUUCUGAAACAGUUGAAGAGCCUGAGGUACACGUGGAUAUCCAAGGUUUGGAAACUUCCGCAAAAUCUGGAAGUGUGGGGGCGAUGAAUGUUUUAGAGGAUGCUUCAGAAGCUGUUCCAGAAUCUCUGCGCCCUGAAAAGCAAGAACAUGUGCAAGCAGUUCUAGAAGCAAAACCUGCUGCAGAAUGGCAGAGUACAGAAGAGACUCCAGAAAUCUUGAGUGCUGCUGAAAUGAAAUCUUCUGAAGCAGUUCCAAAACCAGGGGACAUGAAGGAUCUGGAAACAACACUGGAACAUGAAGUGGCAGCAGAAGUACAAUAUGCAGAAGGGGUGCAGGGUCAACAAAUGGAGGAUGUGAGAGUUCCAAGUCAAGCUCAGGAAUGCGGGAUACCGGUCGAGAAGAAAGAUGCAGAGCAAACUCGAGCAUCUGAGCCUUUAAUAGCAGAAACAGUUUUUAGUUCUUCACAUGCAGCAGAUGAAAAAGAUUCAGCAGGGACUCCUGAAUCUGAAAUAAUCGGAGACACAAACCAGUUGGAAGCAGCUCCAGCUCCUGUGGCAGAAAAAAAAGAUUUGGAAACAGCUCCUCUUCCUGAGACUGUUGUAGAGCUGAAAGAUGCAGAAGCAGCUGUAGGGUUGGAGGCAGAGACAAAAGAUUUGGAAGCAGCUCCAGUACCUGAGACUGUUACAGAAGCAGUUCCAGUACUUGUGGCAGGGACAAGCCAGUCGGAAGUCAUUCCACAAGCUGAGGCUGUCAAAGAAGCGACUCCAGAACAGGAGUCAGAGAAAAGAGAUUCAGAAACAUCCGAUGUGCAACCUGAUGUGGCGGCACGAAUGAGGGAGACUCUGAUGAGACUUGAGAAAGUUAUUGAAAAAAGUAGCCAUAGAAGCAGUGAUAAAAAACAUGAUGCAAAGAAACAAAAAAGGAGUCGUUCCAAGUCUCAGUCCAGGUCUAGGAAGCGGAAGAAAAAAUCAAGGUCGCGUUCUACUUCCAGGCGUUUGACCUCUAAAAGAGCACGUUCUAGGAGCAGAAACUAUUCAGAUUCCAGAAAAAAGCAUUCCAAAUCUAGAUCCCGAUCUGUGGAGAAGAGAGAGAGAAGAGUGUCUUCCCGGAGGUCCAGGCGCAGACGUUCCAGGUCGUCUGACCGUUACAGGUCUAAAUCCAGAUCAGCAGAAAAGAGAGGGAGCAGAUUGUCCUCUGGGAGGUCGAGACAUAGACGUUCCAGGUCGUCUGACCACUACAGGUCUAAAUCCAGAUCAGCAGAAAAGCGACUGUCCUCCCGAAGGUCCAGACGUAGACGUUCCAGGUCUUCUGACCGCUACAGAUCUAAGUCCAGGUCAGUGGAGAAGCGUCUGUCCUCUCGAAGGUCCGGGCGCAGACGUUCCAGGUCUUCUGACCGCUACAGAUCUAAGUCCAGGUCAGUGGAAAAGCGACUGUCCUCUCGAAGGUCUGGGCGCAGACGUUCCAGGUCUUCUGACCGCUAUCAGUGGAAAAGCGACUGUCCUCUCGAAGGUCUGGGCGCAGACGUUCCAGGUCUUCUGACCGCUACAGAUCUAAGUCCAGGUCAGUGGAAAAGCGACUGUCCUCUCGAAGGUCUGGGCGCAGACGUUCCAGGUCGUCUGACCACUACAGGUCUAAAUCGCGAAAAGAGAGGGGGCAAAGAAUACUCAUGGAGGUUCAGACAUAGAGGGUCUGGUUCCUCUGAUCGUUCAAAAUCUCGGUCAAGAUCUGUUGAGAAGAGAGGUCGGAAGGCAUCUCUGCGGAGGUCUAAACGUCAGCGCUCAAAGUCCUCUGACCGUUACAAGUCUAGAUCCAGAUCAGUAGAAAAAAGAGAUCGAAAGCAAUCGUCGCGGAAGUCUAAACGUCAGCGCUCAAAGUCCUCUGACCGUUACAAGUCUAGAUCCAAAUCAGUGGAAAAAAAGAAGGAGUCCUCGCGAAAAUCUAAGCGUCGCCGCUCAAAAUCUUCUGAACGUUACAAGUCUCGGUCUAGGUCUGUUGAAAAAAAGCGCAAGGAAUCUUCAAAAAAAUCCAAACGGAAACGUUCCAAGUCCUCUGAUAGUGUUAAGUCAAGGUCCAAAUCUAUAGAAAAAAGAGAGAGUAAGUUAUCCUCAGUAAAGAGCAGUAGCAAGCGUGUGGAGUCUUCCGAACUUCAGGAGGCAACCAAAUGUCUUGAAAAAGCAGAAGUUCCUGAACCUUCUUUUGCAAGUGAAGGCAGCUCCAAAUCCUCUAAUGGUCCCAUGUCAGUAGCUUUGUCUGUUGAAAGAAUAAAUGGCCCAGAGCUGCCACCAUCAUCUGAAAGUGGAUUUUCCAAAACUUUUGAUAGUCAAGAGAAAAGCUCCUCGUCUGUUGAAAAAACAGUGGGUCUGCAGUGUUCUGUCAUGUCUGAAUUUGAUAGCUCCAAAACUCCAGAUGACCAGGAAUUGAGAUCCAUGCCUGUGGAAGAAACAGAGGUUUCGGAGCUUUCUGCGACAUCUGAAAAUGGAUCAGCUGAAAAAGCAGUGGCUCUGGAGUCUUCAUCACUACCUGAAGUUACAUACUCCACAUCCAAGUCAAGUUCCUCAUCUGUUGAAAAAAGGGCAGAUCCAGAAACUUCUUCAAUAACAGAAUUUCAGCUCUCCGCAUCCCAUGAAGAUGAGUCGAGAUUUACCUCUCUCAAAGAAAUAGAGGGUCCAGAGCCUCUUCUGACACUUGAAAGUGGAUGCUCUGUAUCUUCUGAUGAUUACAAGACAAUCUCCUCAUCCUCUGGAAAAACGGAGGUUCAGGGGUCUUCUCUGAUGUCUGAAAGUGUACUCUCUGACUUGUCUGAUGGCCGUGAAUUGAGACAUAUCCCGGCUGAAAAAACAGAGCUUCAGAACUUUUUGCAAGUACCUGAAAGUGAAUCUUCCAAGUUGGCUGACAGCCCUGAGUCAAGGUCACUAUCUUGUGAAACAGUAGAGGCUCAAAAAUCUUUGCUAGCACCUGAAGUUACAUGCUCUGCAUUCCCAGAUGUCUGUGAGUCAGCCUCCUUGCCUAUUGAAAAGGGCCAGUUGCAGGAGCCUUCUCUGGCUUCUGACAGUGGAUGCUUCAAGUCUUCUGAUGGACAUGAAUCAGGAUCCAGCUUUGCUGCACAAAUAGAGGAGCUUCCGUUGAUGUCUGAAGGUGGGUCCUUCAAGUCACCUGAUGGAAAUGAACAAAGAUCUUUAUCUGUUGAAAAAGUCAAGGUUCCAGAUGUUUCCCUGACAUCUGAUUGUGGUCCUGUUGAGAUCUCGGAUGACCUCAUUUCGGCAUCAUCUUUUGAAAAAGUGCGGGAAGUUGUACUGACAACUGUAGGACAAAGCUGCAAGUCUUCUGAAGGUCAUGAGUCCAGAUCAUCUGUAGACAAAGAUUUAGACGGUCCGACACUUUCACAAGUACUUGAAAUUGACUGCUCUGAAUCUUCUGAAGUGCGUGAAUCGAGAUACCUGCCUGCUGGAAAAAUAGAGGGUGCAGGAUCUUUCUUGAUGUCUAAAAGUGGAAUUCCUGUGUGCCAUGAUGGCCAUAAAUCAAAACACAAUUACUGUGAGAAAACAGAAGGUGCAGAACUGUCAUUGGCAUCUGAGCUUAGGUGUUCUGUCUUCCCUGAAGGCUAUGAAUUGACAUCCACUGCAGUUGAAAAAAUGGAGAUACAGAAGCCUCCUGUCCCACUGGAAGGUGAGUUCUCCGAGUCUGCUGAUGUUUGUGAAUCAGUAAGCACACUUACUGAAAAGCUACAGGCCCCAGAGACUUCUUUGACAUCUGAAGGUGGACUUUUCCUGUUGCCUGAUAGUCAUGAAUUGAGACCUGUCCCUGAUGAAAAAGUAGAGGUGCAAAAGUCAUCUGAACUGAAAUGCAUUGCAUCCCCUGAUGGCCACAAGUUGAGAUCUGCCUAUGAUAAAGAAAUACAGGUGCAGGAGCCACCUCUGAUACUGGAAAGCAGAUGUUCUGUUUCCUCUGAUGGUCAUGAGUUGACAUCCACCUCUUUUGAAAAAGUUGAGGUAGAGGAGCCUUCCCAAAUGUCUGAAAAUGAAUACUCAAUAGGGCUUGAUGGCCCGGAGCUGACAUCAACCCCUGCUGAAAAAACAGCGAUGCGGGAACUUUAUCGGAUGUCUGAAGAAAGAUGUUCAGUGUCCAUUGAGAGCCAGGAGUUGCAGUCACCCCCUGUUGAAAAGAUAGAAGUGCAAGAGCCUGCUCUGAUGUCUGGAAAUGAUUAUGCUGUAUCUUGGGAGGGUCAGGAGUUGAGAUCUAGCUCUCCUGAAAAGGUAGAGAUGCAGGAGGCUUCUGAAGUACCUGACAACGAAUAUGCUGUGUCUUCUGAAGAUCACGAAUUGCCGUCUUCCCUUACUGAAAAAACAGAGGUACAGGAGAGUUCUCUGCUGUCUGAAAAUGAAUAUGCUGUAUCUCCUGAGGGCCAGGAGAUGACAACCAGCCCGGCUGAAAAAGAGGUGCAGGAGCCUUCUCUGACAUCUGACAGUGAAUAUACCAUCUGCCCUGAAGGCCAAGGAUUACAGUCUACCCUUGCUGAAAAAACAGUGGUGCAGGAGCCUUCACUGAUAUCAGACGGUCAAUAUGCUGCAUCCCCCGAAGGGCAGGAGUUGCUCUCUACUCUUACUGAAAAAACAGAGGUGCAGGAGUGUGCUUUGCUGUCUGAAAAUGAGUAUGAUGUAUCCCCUGAAGGCCAUGAUUUGAGAUCCAGUCCUGUUGAAAAAGAAGAAAUGGAGGAACCUUCUGAAACAUCUGAAAGUGAAAGUUCAAUGUCCACUGAUAGCCAGGAGUUGCAGUCUACUGUUGGAAAAACAGAGGUGCAGGAGUUGUCUUUGAUGUCUGAAGGUGAAUGUGCCAUGUCCCCUGAAGGUCAGGAGCUGCAGUCUAGCCCUGCUGGAAAACUAGAGGCUAAGGAACCUUCUCUGACAUCUGAAAAUGAACGUGCUCUGUCCCCUGAAGAGUAUGAAUCAAGAUUGACUCAUGCUGAGAAAACAGAGGAUGUGGGUUCUUCCUUGACAUCUGAAAAUUACCAUCUUUUAUCUUUCGAGAGGCAGGAGGUAAGAUUCACCCCUGUUCAAAACGCAGAUGUGCAGGAGCUUCCUCCAACACCUGAAAAUGAACAUGCAGCAUCCCCUGAUGGCCAGCAGUUGAGAUUCCCCACUGUUGGAAAAGUAGGUGGUCUUGAACCUUUGAUGCUAAACGAUAGAGCCUCCAUGUCCCCUGAUGAUAGUGACUUGAAAUCUAUCCCAGUUGAAAAAAUGAAUGAUGCAAUGCCUUCUUUAAUGCCUGAAAGUGGGUGCUCCAUGUCCCCUGAUGGCUACAGUGUGAAAUCUGGCCCUGGUGAAGAAACAGGGGAUCUAGAGCCCUCUUUGAUAUCUGAACGUAGGCAUUCCACAUCCUCAUAUCAGGAAGGUCAUGAGCUGAAAUCUCCCGUGGAUGAAGAGGGCCUGGAGUCCUCUUUGACUUCUGAACAUAGACGGUCUGUGUCCCCUGAAGGCCAUGACCAGAAAUCUACCAUAGAUGAAGAAAUGGAUGAUUUGGAGCCCUCUUCGACAUCUGAACAUAGGCGCUCCACGUCCCCUGAUGAGCAUGAGUCAAGAUCUAGCAUUGGUGAAGAAGCAGAGUAUCUGGAGCAGCCUUUGACAACGGAACGUAGAUGCUCCGUGUCUUCUGAUGAGCAUGAGUCACGGUCUACCACUGGGGAAGAGGUGGAGGAUGCAGAACCCUCCUUGACAGCUGAACGAAGAGACUCCACAUCCUCUGAUGAGCGUGAGUCAAGGUCUACCACUGGUGAAGAUAUAGAAGAUGGGGAGCCCUCCUUGACAGUUGAACGUAGACACUCCACGUCCUCUGAUGACCAUGAGUCAAGGUCUACAACUGGUGAAGAAAUAGAAGAUUUGGAACCUUCGACAGCUGAACAUAGACGCUCCAUGUCUCCUGAUGGACGUGAGUCAAGGUCAACCACUGGUGAAGAAGCAGAGGACCGGGAGCUCUCUUUGACAACUGAACGUAGACACUCCACAUCCUCAGAUGAACAUGAGUCGAGAUCUACCACUGGUGAAGAUAUGGAGGAUAUGGAACCCUCCUUGACAGCUGAACGAAGAGAUUCCACAUCAUCAGACGAGCAUGAGUCAAGGUCUACCACCGGUGAAGAAGUAGAGGAUAUGGAACCCUCUUUGACAACUGAACACAGACGUUCCACAUCCCCUGAUGGGCGUGAAUCGAGGUCUACCACUGGUGAAGAAGUAGAUGAUGUGGAGCCCUCCUUGACAGCUGAACGAAGAGACUCCACAUCAUCAGAUGAGCAUGAGUCAAGGUCUACCACUGGUGAAGAAGUAGAUGAUGUGGAGCCCUCCUUGACAGCUGAACGAAGAGACUCCACAUCAUCAGAUGAGCAUGAGUCAAGGUCUACCACUGGUGAAGAAGGUGAGGAUGUGGAGGCCUCUUUGGCAGAUGAAGACAAACAUGAUUGCAUGCCUCUGGAGAGAUUGGAGGAACAGGAACCUGAAAGUAGGCGUUCUGAGUCUUCUGAACGUGAAAAAUCUAGAUCCAAAUCUGUUGAUAAAAUAUCUGACAAGGAGUCUUCACGAAGAUCCAUAAGCAGACGCUCAAAAUCUCUUACUCGCCAAAAGAGUCGAUCCACAUCUAUUGAAAAAGCAGCAGACAAAGAAUCUUCACGGAAAUCUAGACGUAGACGUUCCAGGUCUACUGCUCGCCAGAAGAGUAGAUCCACAUCUGUUGAAAAAACAGCAGACAAAGAGUCUUCACGGCGGUCUAGACGUAGACGGUCCAGGUCCACUGCUCGCCAAAGGAGUAGAUCGACAUCUGUUGAAAAAGCAGCAGACAAAGAGUCUUUACGGAGGUCAAGACGUAGACGCUCCAGGUCCACUGCUCGCCAAAGGAGUCGAUCCAAAUCUGUUGAAAAAACAGUAGACAAAGAAUCUUCACGGCGGUCUAGAAGCAGACGCUCCAGGUCUUCUCAGCGCAGGUCCCAGAGAUAUGAUACAGAAUCUCGCUCUAGACGGAAUCGCUCCAGAUCAGUAACACGGAGAAGAGCAUCAAGAUCAAAAUCUAAUCGUCGCUCUCGGUCUAGUUCAUUGUCACGUUCAAGGCAUCGAAGGAGGAGUAGGUCAAGGUCAGCAUCGAGAAGACGGCGUUCUUUAUCAAGAGACAGGCGUAAGAGAUCUCAGAGAAAUAGAUCAAGAUCUACUGACAGAAGAAGAAGAAGAUCAGAUUCAAGAGAUCGUAGAAUAUCACUCAGAUUACGGAGCAGGAGUCGAACACCUAUUCGUCAAAGGCGAUCAAGAUCAAGAGGAAGAAGACGGAGCUCUAGUAGGUCACCAGUUCGACUACGGCGAUCAAGAUCUUCAGGGAGAAGAAGAUACAGCAGAUCACCUGAUCGUCGUAGGUCAAGGUCAUCGGAACGAUUUUCAAGCAGGUCACCUAAACGUCUUACAGACUUGG